AUGGCGUUUAACUGGGGCUCCCAGGAUCCGAGGUGCAGCCUGGGACCAUCAGGGCGGGAACAUGGUGGCGUGGGAACUGAGAGUCGUCACAGCGGCGUCCAGGCGGGCGCGGUGCAGGAGGAUCUGGGAGUUCCACGUCGCCAUCCGAAGGCCGCUGGCAGAGAUGCAGUUACUUUUGAUGAUGUGCAUGAGAACUUCACUGGGGAAGAAUGGAAUUUGCUCGAUGCUUCCCAGAAAAGUCUUUACAAAGAUGUGAUGUUGGAGACCUACUGGAACCUCACUGUUAUAGGAUACAAUUGGGAAGACCAUCAUAGUGAAGAACAAUGUCAAAGUUCUAGAAGUCAUGAAAGACAUAAAAGCAUACAUACUGGAGAGAAACCUUAUGAAUGUAAUCAAUGUGGUAAAGCCUUUUCAUAUCAGAGUGGUCUCCAACAUCAUAAAAGAAGCCAUACUGGAGAGAAACCUUAUGAAUGUAAUCAAUGUUGUGAAGCAUUUUCAUAUCAGAGUGGUCUCCAAUAUCAUAAAAGAAGCCAUACUGGAGAGAAGCCUUAUGAAUGUAAUCAAUGUGGUAAAACCUUUUCACAUCGGAGUAGUCUCCAAUAUCAUAAAAGAACUCAUACUGGAGAGAAACCUUAUGAAUCCAUACUGGAGAAGCCUUAUGAAUGUAAUCAAUGUGGUAAAGUCUUUUCACAUCGGAGUAGUCUCCAAUAUCAUAAAAGAACUCAUACUGGAGAGAAACCUUAUAAAUGUAAUCAAUGUGGUAAAGCCUUUUCACGUCAUAAUGGUCUCCAACACCAUAAAAGAACUCAUACAGGAGAGAAGCCCUAUGAAUGUAAUCAAUGUCGUAAAGUCUUUUCACAUAAGAGUAGUCUCCAAUAUCAUAAAAGAACUCAUACUGGAGAGAAGCCUUAUGAAUGUAAUCAAUGUGGUAAAGCCUUUUCAUGUCAGAGUGGUCUCCAACAUAAUAAAAGAACUCAUACUGGAGAAAAGCCUUAUGAAUGCAAUCAAUGUGGUAAAGCCUUUUCAUGUCAGAGUGGUCUCCAACAUCAUAAAAGAACUCAUACUGGAGAGAAGCCUUAUGAAUGUAAUCAGUGUGGUAAAGCCUUUUCAUGUCAGAGUAGUCUCCAAUAUCAUAAAAGAAGCCAUACUGGAGAGAAGCCUUAUGAAUGUAAUCAAUGUGGUAAAGCCUUUGCAAGAUCCAGUCAUCUCCAAAGACAUAAACGAGCUCAUACUGGAGAGAAACCUUAA